AAUUAUUAACAAAAAUGUCCUAAGAUAUUAACGCUGCAAAAGUACAUGCAUCAGCAGCAUUAAGAGAUUAUAAUAUUGCACCUCGUGCCGAUUAUAGAACUGUAUGUAAAGUAGAUGGCCCUUUAGUUAUUUUAGAUAAUGUGAAAUUCCCAAAGUUUUCUGAAAUUGUAAAUGUCUGUUUAGCUGAUGGGUCUAUUAGAAAAGGUCAAGUUUUAGAAAUUUGUGGAAAAAAGGCAGUUGUCUAGAUUUUCGAAGGAACAGAUGGAAUAGACAAUUUAUACACUCACUGUGAAUUUACCGGUGAAACACUCCAAAUGCCAAUUGCAGAAGAAAUGUUAGGCAGAGCCUUUAACGGUUCCGGUACCCCCAUAGAUAAAGGUCCUCCAGUAUUAGCCGAAAAAUUUUUGAACAUUAAUGGUUCUCCAAUUAACCCAUGUUAACGUGUAUACCCUAAAGAAAUGAUAUAAACUGGUAUAUCAGCCAUUGAUUGUAUGAGUUCAAUUGCCAGAGGUUAAAAAAUUCCUCUUUUUUCCGCCAAUGGUCUUCCUCAUAACGAAAUAGGAGCCUAAAUAGUCAGAUAAGCUUCUUUAGUUAAAGGAAAAGAUGUCUUAGAUCAUUCUGAAGAAAACUUUGCGGUAGUAUUUGGUGCUAUGGGUGUGAAUAUGGAAGUAGCACGUUUUUUCAGAACUGAUUUUGAAUAAAAUGGGUCUAUGGAAAGAGUCGUUCUUUUCUUAAAUUUAGCUAAUGAUCCUACUAUAGAGCGUAUUAUUACUCCUCGUUUAUCUUUAACUACUGCUGAAUAUUUAGCUUAUGAAAGAGAAUUGCAUGUGUUAGUUAUUAUGACUGAUAUGAGUUCUUAUGCAGAUUCUUUAAGAGAAGUUUCUGCUGCAAGAGAAGAAGUACCAGGAAGAAGAUCUUACCCAGGUUAUUUGUAUACUGAUUUAUCCACAAUUUAUGAAAGAGCUGGCCGUGUUAAUGGCAUUAAUGGUUCAAUUACUUAAAUUCCUAUUUUAACAAUGCCUAAUGAUGAUAUUACGCAUCCUAUUCCUGAUUUAACUGGAUAUAUUACUGAAGGUUAAAUUUUUAUUGACAGAUAAUUACAUAAUAAAUAGAUUUAUCCUCCAAUUAAUGUUUUACCUUCACUUUCUCGUUUGAUGAAAUCUGCUAUAGGUAAAGGAAUGACAAGAAUUGAUCAUCCGGAAGUUUCUAACUAACUCUAUGCUAAUUAUGCUAUUGGUAAAGAUACAGCUGCUAUGAAAGCUGUUGUUGGUGAAGAAGCACUUUCUGAUGAAGAUCAUUUAUAUUUGGAAUUCUUGAAAAAAUUCGAAUCUUAAUAUAUUGCUUAAGGUCAUUAUGAAACUAGAAGUAUUUUCUAAUCACUUGAUAAAGCUUGGGAUUUAUUAAGAAUCUUCCCUCCAGAUUCUUUAAAGAAAAUUAAAUAAAGUACAAAGGAUGAGUUCUACGCUAAGAGAGCUGAUGAUGAUGAUAAAUGAAAAAACUAACUUUUUUUAUUAAUUUUUUUUUAUUAUAAUAAAAUAAAUUAUGGAAUUUUUUACAAAUAAUAAUUUUUAAUUAAUUAUACGAAUAAAAUAAAUUUAUAGAUAUUUU